AUGAAAUUCUUCGCUUUUGUUUUGUUACUUUCGGCGUGGUGUCAUGGCGUGUGGGGUUUGUCCAAAACAGUUGAUACCCCCGCGUCCACGGAGACUCCUCCGUUGUGCGGCUUGCAAUGCAUUCAAUCAGUGACUUUGGCAACGCAGCUAUGUUCGCUCACCAACGCAACUUGUAUAUGCACCAAUGUCGAGCUGAAUGAGAAAAUUUCACUUUGUGUGCACUCCAAUUGCACUGUUCGGGAGGCACUACUGGUUCAAAGUUACUCCAAGCACACUUGCGGUGCACCUUCACGGGACAGAACUGCAUUAGUAUGGGUCACCGGAGUGGUUUUUCUUGUUCUUGGCCUUUUGGCGUUUGUGUUGAGAGUCAUGGCUCGACUUUGCCUGGGUGGCCAGUCUUGGGGGCCAGACGACUGGGUUAUGUGCAUUGCGGUGGGCAUGAUGAUACCACUCAAUGCUCUAUCCGUCCCAAUCUCUCAAGUUGCUCUGGGCAAGGACAUUUGGAAUGUUCACCCUGACGACGUGACACAAUUUCUCUAUCUCUUUUACUGGGACGAGCUUCUCUACCUUGGCGCUUUGCCAGUCACCAAAAUCUCAAUUCUUCUCUUUUACCUCAAAAUCUUUCCCAAAAGAGAAAUAAGAAUUGGCUGCUGGGUUCUUAUCGGGCUCAACGUCGCAUACUUCAUUACCUUCGAACUCAUCUCGAUCUUCCAGUGCCGUCCGAUCGAUGGGGCCUGGAGAGCAUGGGACAAGGAAUACCCGGCAAAAUGCAACAAUAUCAACAUCCAGGGUUGGGCUGCGGCAAUCAUCAACAUUCUUUUGGACUUGGCCACGUUGAUUCUUCCAUUGAAAGAAUUGUACAAUCUUUCGCUGUCCACAAAGAAGAAGCUCAUGGUUAUUCUGAUGUUCAGCGUUGGCUUCUUUGUCACUAUUGUGAGUGUGGUGCGGUUGCAUUCGCUGGCCAGCUAUGCAACUACCAGCAAUGCGACGCAGGACUACGUCGAGGUCGGAUACUGGAGCACUAUUGAGGUUCCGGUAGGCGUCAUCUGUGCCAGCAUGCCUGCCAUUCGCUCUCUAUUCAGUCUGGUCUUUCCCAAGGUGUUUGGCACCACUCAAAGGGGCAAAUCAAACUACGCCAAUCUCUCUAGCCAACAGAAGGAUCUUUCCAACUCCCAGAAAGUUUCAUCCAAGGGCUCAUCAAAACCAGCUAUUCGAGUGCUCAAGGAGUUCACAGUCCGGUCGAGACAUCGGGAUGAUGUCUCCUACGUCGAGCAUGAACUCACGACAGGGCCGUUCGCAGACCCCAGUUCACGCCCGUCAUCAGAAAAGAAGCCCAUUACUCCACAUGAAUCUGUGUGA